CAUUCUUUCCGUAGUUCUAUGGGGAGUCGCCCAUAGUAAACGCUCGAGCUGCUCAGACCGGAUUAACGAGCAGCGAUGACGAGACCAAAAUAAAAAGAAGGAAGAGGAUAAAUAUAUUAACACACUGGUUAGAAGUAUUCAUCAUUCUACACGGAUAUUAACAUCAGUGAACUGCUCCUACUGGAUAUUUCUAUGUGUUUUCAUCGGUUCGGGCCGGUGAUGACAGUGUGUUUGGCCAGUGAAGCAGUGGUUUGUGAAGACAUGAGGACACUGCUCGUGUUGACCUGUCUGCUGUUAUUCACUCAAGCAGAAGAUCCAGAUCAACUUGACCAAAGCCAGAAACCAAUCCAAUAUCUGUGCAUCGGCGACGGCUCCUCACAAGAGUUUGAGUUCCCCCAGAACACACGUGGUGUCAUCGUCAUUUCCAGUCAGUACCGGAGCUCUGGGGGGCGUAAGGGUCGAGAAAGCCUCAAACAGACGGUUCGUGUGAGAUCUCUGGAUCCUGACGUGAUCUCCAUCCUCAACGUGAGCAACAGCGGGCAUACGGGAGCUUUGAGCAGUUACGUCAUCAGCAUCCGGUCCGGUGUACCAGGAACAGCUCCGUUACUCAUCCAGCUGCUGGAUCUGGACCGGGACUCAGAGCCAGUUCUGAUUGAGGAGCGGACCGAUUACUCCAUCAGGGUGGCGUCUGGCGGCGAUGACGUGGCCGCCCGGCUCCUGGAGUCUGGUGGGCUGUCACACUUCUCAGAGAACCCGGUUCUGUUCGCCCUACUGCCGCUCAUCUUCAUUAAUAAGUGUGCAUUUGGCUGCAAGGUGGAGGUUGAUGUUCUGGUUGGUUUGCUGAAGAGACCGAUGCCACUGUUGCUUGGUGUUGCGGGUCAGUUCCUUAUAAUGCCACUCUAUGCGUACACUCUGUCCCGCCUGGCGUCCCUUCCCAAGGCGCUGUCACUGGGUCUGGUCAUCACAUGCUCGGCUCCUGGUGGAGGUGGAGGUUACCUCUACAGUCUGUUGCUGGGUGGAGAUGUCACGCUGGCCAUCUCCAUGACGCUCAUCUCCACCAUGGUUGCGGUCGCAGCGAUGCCGCUAUCCUCUGCGUUUUACGGUUGGUUGUUGGGGGUUCAUGCCGCCCUUCACGUGCCCUUCGUCAAGAUCCUCGGCACGCUGCUCUUCAUCGCCAUUCCCAUCUCGCUGGGCAUGCUGGUGAAACUUCGUCUGCCCGCCGUCACAAGCGUCCUGCUUGCACUCAUCCGCCCCUUCAGCUUUGUUCUCAUUGUGGGAGGAAUCUUCAUGGCCUACCAAAUGGGCUCCUCCAUCCUUGCCAACGUGCGGUUUCUGAUUGUGGCCGCGGGUGUAACUGUGCCCGUCUUCGGGUUGCUGGUUGGGUUUGGGAUGGCACGGCUGGCAGGGCUUGCGUUGCCCCAGAGGAAGACCGUCAGUAUUGAGGUGGGUGUGCAGAACAGUCUUCUGGCAUUGGCGGUCAUGCAGCUGUCAUUCCAGCGGGCUGAGGCAGACUACGCGUCCCAGGCGCCCUUCAUCGUGGCGCUCAGCAGCACGUCAGAGAUGCUCCUGUUGGUACUCGCUCAUUUCGCCCACCGGCGCUUGUGCCUGCCGCCCACUUCUCGAACAACCUGAUCUCCAAUGUGAUGCCAAUAGCUGCCAAACAUUACUGCCACAGUGGACACUGAUGUGCGAUCCGUCAGCAGACAAAGUUUGGAUUAUUUCUGUCUUAAAACCAAAGGCCUUCGCUCAUUGUGGCCAUUUUUAUUUCAGCCUCUCUUCUUUUUCUUUUUUUUUUUUAUGAGAUUUUAAUAAUCACAAUCUUAUGUGUAUUACAGUGUUUAUGGAAGAGAUAUUUUUCUAAGUCAUUUUGCUCUUUGUUUUUUUUUUUGUUUUUUUUGUAAUACCAAACAGUUUGUUUGAGUCUUGUUUACAGAUGAUGUGUGAAUGAGAUUUUGCGAUAAUGUCGUAGGUGAUUGUUCAAGUGAUUGAAUCCACUGGCGUGGUGGUGUGUGAAUAAAUGCUUUUUGGCAAUACAAAACUGUCUCUUUCAGUGUAAGCACCAAGGCUUACCUUUGUUCAUGAUUGUUCAGGGUGAUAAUGCAUCUACUACUGUGCUCAGGAUAUAUUUCUUUAUUUGCUUCUUAAUCCAAAUUCCAUAUGCAAAAUACUCCACAUGCAAAUGUAAAACCAAAUUUUACCCUUUUAAAACGAAUCCUGUUAUGGUGUCUAUACAGCAUGGCAACCAGCAAAUUGAAACUUUUGUCUAGAGUUGUUCAAGUACAAUUACUGUACCCCCCCCCCCCCCCCCCCCAAAAAAAAGUAUUUAGGCACAUAAGUCGCACUUAAAAAUGUCUGAAUGUUAUUGCAUUAGAUAAAAAAAAUAUCAGAAGUGACAUCUGCAAACAAAUGUUCAAAGAGCUUUUCUCAGAACUAACUUUACAUUUAUAAAAUUAUUUUCACAAUUGCUUUUUAGAAAAUUUGUGUCAAGGUGGUUUGUUCACACAGGUGUCCUAACAGAGUAACCCUAUAUUAACAAUGGACAAGUUCCAUUAAUGCAGUGCUCCUAAUUAUUUAUUUUAUUUGUCCCACACCCCUCUUUGAAGCAGAAAGAAAUUCUACACCCCAUAAUCAGUUUUGUGUUUUAUAUUUGAAAUAAUAAUUUGUAAAGUUUUGUAUUUGAAAAGAAACUGCUUUAAAAACAUUAACAUUGUCACUCUUUCUGAUGGUGUUAUUUAAAAAAUGGAAUAAAACUGCAUACACUCCUUCAGUUUUUACUAAAAAAUUACACUCUUCAUUAAAAAAAAAAAAGAAAUCUGAA